UGAGCCAUUUAGAGAGCAGUUGGACAGCGAUUGGAGCGUAUUGAAUAGAACAUGUCGAUUGCAGCAGCGUUCAAGGAUCAGGAGAUUUUCGUGACGGGAGGCACUGGCUUUGUGGGCAAAGCGCUUAUCGAGAAGCUACUGCGCUCAUGUACCUGCCUGGGCAAGAUCUAUGUGCUCAUACGCGUCAAGAAGGGCGUCAACGUGGAGCAGCGUCUGGAGGAGUUGCUUAAGUCCAAGCUUUAUGAACGUUUGCGCAAAGAGCAGCCACAGGCGCUGGCCAAGGUGGUGCCCAUAGCGGGCGAUGUGAUGCAGUUAGGUCUGGGCAUAAGUGAACAGGAUUUGGCGCGUCUACGUAAUGUCAACAUUAUCUAUCACUCGGCAGCCUCGGUGCGCUUUGAUGAUCCGCUGCGUGCCGCUAUAUUGAUGAACACACGUGGCACACAUGAGCUCAUCAAGCUGGCCUUGAACUGGAAGAAACUCAAAGCGUUUGUGCAUGUCUCCACGACGUACUCGAAUCCCACAGAGCUGGAGGUGGAGGAGCGCAUCUAUCCGCCCUAUGCGGACUGGCGCACAACCAUUAAGCUGGCCGAGACCUACGACGAUGAGACGCUCAACAUAUUCAACUUGAAGUAUGGCAACUUCCAGCCCAAUACGUAUACAUUCACCAAGAGUCUAGCCGAGCAUGUGGCCAAUGAUUAUAAAGAUCAGUUGCCCAUUUUCAUCUUCAGACCCUCCAUUGUUAUUUCCACGUUGGAGGAGCCAGUGCCUGGUUGGGCGGAUAACUUCAAUGGCCCCACAGGCAUGCUGGUGGCCUGUGGUGUUGGCAUAUUGCGCUCCCAGAACUGUGAUCCCUACAUUGUGGCCGACUUUGUGCCAGCUGAUGUUGUUGUGCGUGGCCUCAUCAUUGCCGCUUACAAAUAUCUGGUGCAAACGCCCAGCAAGGAUAAGCCCAUUGAUGUUAUGAACUGCGCCACGGCCAAUAUAUCGCCCAUUACCAUGGGCCAGGUUAUUGAAAUUGGCAAGACCUACAUACGCAAGAAUCCCUUCGAGAAGACGCUCUGGCUGCCCGGCGGCAGCAUUACGCUCUGUCCAGUGCUACACUUUGUCAGAUUUAUAACCAUGCAUAUUAUGAUGGCUGUAGUGGUGGACACAUUGCUGCGUCUGACCAACGAGAAGCCUUUCCUGCUGAAGCUGCAACGUCGCAUCUUUGCCGCCUUCCAGGCACUGCAAGUGUUUGCCGUCACCGAGUGGCAUUUCCAAAACGCUAAUUUUAGAGCACUGCAUGAUGCAGUGCCCCCCAAUGAAAUCAACACUUUUGGCUUCAUGCAACACUCAAACAUCAACUAUGUGGAGUUCUUCCAAAAUGGCAUCCGUGGCGCCAAGGAGUUUUUGCUUCACGAGAGUCCCGAAAGCAGUAGUGGCGCUCGUUUGCGCAUCAAAAUUUUCUACGUGCUGGACACAUUUUGUCGAGUCGUUGUCUAUGGUUUUUUGCUACGUUUGGCAUAUAAACUUGUAGUGCGCGCUUUUUUUUAACUAGUAUUCGUACUAGUAGCCACAAUUAUAAAUCAAUUUUUUUUUAUAUUUUUAACUCUGUAAAUGAUUUUAAUUAAAC